AUGGACCACCACGACGCUCCCGACGUGGGCACCGAUGGCAGCGACCUUCCGCCUCUCAGGGCCCACCGUCAAUCUCGGAGCGAAGUCCCCUUCGCCUUCCUGCCUCCUCUGCCCCUUUCGCCAUCGGACGGCGCCGGAGUCAAGAUGGAGAGCCACGAUGGGGUCGCCGGCUAUGAUUUGUUCGACGCCUUCAUGGACUUGGACGGCUUCGACAUGCUCAAUUCCUCCGAGGACAACCACAGAAGAGACAGCGGGUCCAGGAUGAACGGCACAGAGAACGAGGCGGAGAGUAACACUUCCUUGGGGGCGGCGAAGCAGGGCGGGGCCGACCGCCCCGGCCUGGUUACGGUGGCUUCCAGGCAUUGCAGAAGCCUUUCCAUGGACAGCUUCACGGGGAGGUUUCACUUCGAGGAGGAACCAUCGAAGCUACAACGACCGUGUCGCCGAAUGAUCUUUAGAGACUCGACAGGACUUAUCAAUAAGAACAAUGAGCUUAAGUUUCGACUUCAAGCAAUGGAGCAGCAAGCACAGCUUAGAGAUGCAUUUAAUGUGGCAUUGACUAUAGAAGUUCAACGACUGGAACUCGCUUCUAGUGGAUUCGUAGAUGCUCAUGAUUUAUCUGGUUCCAAUCAUCAGCCACCAUUUAAUGCCCAAGCAAUGGAUUUCAGAGAAGAGCAAUAG